ACUUCAAGGACGGGAAACAGUUAGAAUAAUUUGCAUAAAGUACUAAGAGGGGGAGUUUUCAGGGCAGGCAAGGUGAUAGUGACCGAGCACUCACUGAAGGAAGGACAACACACAGAAACGUACCCUCACACUACUGACUCCAGUGCACUGAACGCCAACAAAAGAGGCAGGGAGAGAGAGACACACUGUUCCGGUGGCAGAAAUAUGCCUCUUCUUUACCUGUGAGAGGACACCAGAGAACACCUGGUCUACAGGGUGAUUGAGGAGUCCAGGACAGAUCAGGACACGGGACUGCAAGAGUUGUUCGUAAAGAUGGAACCGUCCCUGCAGUUUUGGCACACGCAGACCGACCCCCAGGGCCAAGAAUCUGCUGGUGAGCGCCAAAAGAAGAUGUCCACAGUAAGCCAGCUAGAGUGCCCCAUUUGCUACAACACGUACGACAACGUAUUCAAAACGCCCAAGAAGUUAGAAUGCGGUCACACCUUCUGCCUGGAGUGCCUCUCCCGCCUCAUGGCCAUUUCACCUACUGAGCAAGAAGGUAGCGACCAGGGGACGACGCAGCUUUUAUGCCCCUUUUGCCGCCACAGCACCACUUUACCUGACGGAGGGCCCCCGUCUUUGCCCACCAACCACGACAUGCUGCACAAGCUGCCGGGCCACCAGCAGCAGGAGGAGCCCGUGUGGCUGGAUGGGGAGAAGCUGUGUUAUAAAAGCAAUAGGCCGGCAUCCGACAGCCUUUCAGUCUUGUGCAUCUGCAUCGACAUUGGCGCCGACAAGAGGGACGGCGCCCAACCUCCGACCCCGCCUCAGAGUUUGGGCCCGCUGAGUCGGCUGGCGGACUGGAAGCGAAUAAUGCUCUUCGUGGUGAUCAUGGUGCUGCUGGUCAUUGUGGUUCUGUGGCCACUGCAGUGUGUAUUCACCACUGGAAACAUGCGAUGUAUGCAGAUGGUCCAGCAGAACCGCACCGCCGCCACUGUAACGACGUUGGCCCGUUUGAACAUAAUUAACAGGCCCGUAGGUCUGACAGACUAGAAAACAAAACUGACUAAUGGGACCUUUGUGCAUAUAGAUGGUGGAUAGGAGAGAUUAAUGUUUUGUACCGUAUAAGGCGCACCUUCAAUGAACUGUUUUUAUAUAAAGGCCGCGCCGCAUUAUAAGGCGCAGUAGUAGUGGUUGUAGUAGUAUUGGUUGGGGUUAUACAUCCACUAGAUGGUGCUGCGCUAAAGUGAAUAUCAUGCCAGGAUUAACCAUAUAAGGCACACUGAUAUUGAGAAAAUUGAAGGCUUUUAAGGAAAACUUAAUAGUGCGGAAAAUACGGUAAAUAGUUCCGCUUGUGGCGAAAGCCGUGUUAUACAUUUGAUAUUCCUUGGGUAGCACAUGCCCUCAAGAAGCUGCUGUGGUGACGUAAUUCCUUUUUAUAAAGUAUACUAGUAUACCUGUUGAUCAGGGGGUGUCCAAAGUACGGCCUGCAAUCCAGCUGUGGUCUACAGCCCAGUUUUUUUUUUUUUUUGCAAAUUAUGAAAAUAUCAUUGAAUAUGGCUCGUUUGAGUUUAGCCUACAUAAUGUUGCACUUAUCAGCUUCAACACAAGAUGGAGCUAGUCACUAAAUAGUGCUUCUCCAUUAGUUCAUGAGUCAAAAGCUUCGCUGAAUCCUUAAUAAAUACUGCAGGUACAUUUUUACAAAUGACAAUUACACAUAAAAAAUCAAACUUUAAAUACAAAUCGGAAUAAUGAUAAUAUAAUAAUAAUGAUGUAACGAAUCGGGUUCUAAUGGGGCGAUUGUGUGUGCAUGCUGUUCUUAAACGCACCGUGACUGAUGAGAGAAUGAGAGAGGUGCGUUAGAGAGGGAGGCUUUUACUUUCUCAUUUCAUGUUCUGUUGUCGGCGUUGGUUACAGCGGACAGUAGCCCUGUUGUGUAGCACAAGUUCUGAGAUAAAUGAUUAAAAACAAAGGUAACGACUUCCAUGCCGAUGUUACAAUAAUAAUAUUAAUAAUGAGAGUCGUUCCCUAGAUCAUAUCCAUAUUCGGGCCAUAUUGUCGAGCCAGUUCACUGACGUGCCCCACACGCUCAUUAUUUUCUAUCAUUUCCUUCUUAAUUCCAAUGGUAAGCGUCACCUUUUUUUUUUUUUUUUCACCGCCUGCUCUAACAUUCUUGGGACACAUGUUGAUUUGCCUCACAAGAAUAUCCGCCUCGCAGCCGUCUUGUGGGAAAACAAUAAAAUUCAUAAAGUCCUAAAUCGUUGUAUUUCGAGCAUGUCGUCAUAUGUCGAGACAAAUGACAAUAUUUGAUGUCGGAUGUCGAAAGGAUCGUAUUUCGAUGCGAUCGUAUGUCGAGGUACCACUGUAUACUGUGUAUAUAUAUAUAUAUAUAUAUUUAAAAAAUAUAUAUAUAUUUCUCCUUCUGGAAUAUAUUGUUGCUUGUAGGCUUGAACUCAUUCACUGCCAUUUAUAAUCCUGGACAUCAAAUCCAUCUCAACUGGGAAGGAUGGCAUUGAGUAAUUGUGUUUCACUGCCAUUGAGGUCGAUAGACAUCAAAUCCAGUUUGACCGGGGGGCUGGCAGCAAUCGAACGAAUGGAUUGGACGUCUAUCGCCAUCAAUGGCAGCCAAUUAGUUAAUACUUGAAAAUUAAUUUAAAGCAAUACAUUUCAUAUCCCUUUAUUUGAUUCCAAACCUCUGAAAAUGUUGCGAUCAGGCCCGAUUUCCAAUCACACGAUCGAAUCGGGUACAUAUAUACAUAGAUUUUAGUGCUGUACAAAAUGACAGUGUACUGUAUAUUGUCGUGUUUAACAAAUAAAAGAGGAAGGGUUUCAUGUUGGUCCUUGCAUCCUUCAAUUUUUCUGAAAGCAACCCUCAGAGCAAAAGGUUUGCACACUCCUGCUGUAGAUAAAAACUUGACACCAUCACGUGGUGGUAUGGAAGAAUACACUGUACAACACUCAAUGAGUCAUUUUCUCUGCAAAGUAUGUGGUCUCUGUUCAUUGAAAAGCAUGCAUAGAUAAACUUUAUUAAUCCCAUGAGGGAAAUUAGGGAAACUAAAUAUUUCACUGUUGUUUUUUAGGUACAAGAUUUCUGAACAUGUACUGUAUAGUAUGUUUUUGUUUGUUUUUUCUUUUUUAAUGAAAAUUGAAAAGCCUGAUAGCAAGCAAGGUUUCUUGCUAGCGACAGAUAGAUUUAGAAGCAAAUACUUUUCACUGGAGAGCAAUGAUUUCAACAUCUUAGCUGUAUUAAACAAGCCUGGCGCGUGCACUUCUUUGACUUUUUUUGUUCACAGAUGAAUCUAUAUUGCUGUAGAUUUAAAAUGGGAUGUUUUUUCACAAUAUGUUUUCUGUUUGCUUUACUUUCUUUUUUUUUUUAAUAAAUAACAUGAGAAAUACAUGCUGCUUUGGAUGUUUGUGAUUUUGCUUUUCAACGGUUUAUUCCCCAUAGAUUUUGUGUCCUGACACUGUACUCUGAUUAGUAUCAUGUUGUUAAAAAUCAACUUUAGAUUGUUGACUGGAGCCGUAGCCUAAUCAGGGUGUAUUUCUGUUUUU